GAUCCCCCAAAGUGUCGACCAUCCCGCUCAUCGCCUCCCACUUCGCACCACCUUCUUCCGUUCAGAACCACACUCAACAACAGCGGCGUACUAAGACUUUUUACGUUACAACGAUAUCCAGGGAAACCGUUGCUACUGGAAGAAACUACAACAAUGGCUGCCGAACGGGCAGCUCAGAUCACGACCGUUCCCCCGUCGGUUACCAACAUCGAUUCCAAACUGACUCGGAAAGGCCUGGCUCACUUGGCCACAUCACCGCGGACCAUGACACCUACGCAUAAGCUGGCUGAGACGGCUGUCGGUGUCAGGGAAGCUGCAAAAUGCAUCGGACGUGCCCUAGUCAAACUUGAAGCACCACAAACUGUCAUGAUAGUCGCUAAAGCGUUCGAUCCGAAAAUAAUAAAGUUCACCCGGCAACUGGCUUGCCACCUUAUUGAUACCCCGAGAACGAGCUGCAACCUGCAAGGCCUCACUGUAUAUAUCGACUCCAAGUUUCGAACGCACACGGCUUUCAACUACGAGAAACUGGUGUCUACACACCCACACUACGUAGAAAAGCUCAUGUUCUGGGAUUCGGAACUAUGUGCCACUCACGCGGAACACAUCGACUUUGUCAUCACACUCGGUGGGGAUGGAACGGUCAUCUAUACCUCCUGGCUUUUCCAGCACGCCCAGGUCCCCCCCGUAGUGUCAUUCGAUUUGGGAUCCUUGGGGUUUCUGACGAACUUCAAUAUUGCGGAUAUCCGGAAAAUAUUACAGCGAGUCAUUGGCUGUCGGGGCGAGGGAGUGCGAAUCAACAUGCGAAUGAGAUUGAGCUGCACGGUCUGGACGCACGACUAUAAGAGCAGGAAGGAUAGGACGACUGGGAGCAGCUUGCACUUGAAUCAUAAAACUACAUUCAGUGAGGACGAUUCGAAGCGGAAGAGCAUCGAUGGUAUAAAGUUUGGGUUACUGGGAGACUCUUUCCACAUGCCAUCGUCAAUCCCAAUGCCUCCACGAGUCGGAGAUGAGGACCGUCAUCCCGGCGAUAUAGGGAAUUUGCUGGAUGAAAUAUCAUCCCAGCUUGACGCGCAUGCCGACCCGGAUCUUGACGAAGAAUCGUCGGCGAAGCCUAAGCGGACGACGUCAUUGCAGUUUCUGGCAGAUACCAAGUCAACGGGAGAUAGAGGUCACAAACCGGUCCCGGUCGAAACGUUCCAAAUCCUGAAUGACCUCGUAGUGGACCGCGGGCCAAGUGCUUACAUGAGUCAGUUGGAGCUGUUCGUUGACGACAAACAUCUAACGACAGUGCAAGCCGACGGGCUGGUUUUGAGCACGCCAACGGGGUCCACCGCAUACUCGCUUUCUGCCGGUGGUUCUCUUGUCCAUCCCGAAGUUCCCUCAGUCCUCGUUACACCCAUAUGUCCUCACACGCUCUCCUUCCGACCAAUGCUACUUCCCGACACAACCGAGAUUCGCAUUCAAGUGCCCGCCGACUCGCGAAACUCCGCAUGGUGUAGUUUCGACGGAAGACACCGAAUUGAACUAAAAAAGGGCGAUUUCGUGACGGUCAACAUGUCACGGUGGCCAAUGCCUACCAUCUGCGAUGCCGACCAAGGAGUGGACUGGUUCGAAUCGCUGAAGCGCUGUUUGCAUUGGAAUGAAAGGACCCGUCAGAUCGCCUUUGGGUCCGCGACGGCUGCGGAUAAGAAGCUGGAGAGGGUCGGAAGGGCACUGGAUAAGCAGCGUGUGCUCGAAAAGAAGGAAAUCGAAGGGGUCAAUCAUACGAACGGGGUAUCAGAAACCAUAGUUGAGGACGAGCUCGUUGUGGAGAGCACCGAGCAGCAGACAGACGGGUUAAGCAUGAAAUCAGAUUCCGUGUCGCACCGCAGUUCAACCAAAGAACGCGUGCAACGGCGACUUUCUGAUAGCGGGUCGGAAUCAGGGUCGCCGUUUUCGCUGCUAAGCGACGAGUGCAAUUGUAAAGGGCGGAUCCAUGCGGAUCAUAGCCCGGUAGCCGCUGGGCGUGCGUAGUGGGUGUGGUCCAACAGGGCAUAUCGCCAAAGGGGCGGUUUUCAUGUAGUACAUAGUUAACUUUAUCAAAUCUCAUUCUUAAUCAUAUUAGAGAGGGAAGGGCGCCAAGUACCCCUUCUACAUUGCAUUCACGAGAAGACCAGAAGACUUGAGAUUAAGAGGCAAAGAUUACGUUGGAAGUUGAAACAGAAAACAUGUCGGAGUA